ACACCGCACCGGUGAUCCAUUAUACCGCAAAUAGUCGCAACAGUGAAAAACAGGUAGAUGAUACAUAAUUGUUUAAACUAUAAGCAAGAUGUAGUGGAAUCGUUUAUCAAAAUUCGACCUAACCUCAUUUUAACGUACACACGUGCCAGCUGCAGCGCCCGGUCCUUUUGCUCUGCUCUAUUUACCGAAUAUUUACGUAGGCUUUUUGCUGAUACGAUCAGUCAUUAAAUUCUUAAUAUUUGUACACUUCAAAUGGAGUUAAGAGUCAAUGCUACACCUAUAAAGAUAAAAGUAUGUAUGAAAACCGAGCAUAGGAUGCGAUAAGAGGAUAUCAGCUGCACACAUUCCGAGGAAAGUCAAGGUGUCCAGUAAAAUAGAAUAAGGGCUCCGAAUCGUUUCCAAGACGUAGACAUGGCUACUGAAGAUAGACGAGUCGCUCUAAUUACAGGAAUUACUGGCCAGGAUGGUUCCUAUUUGGCGGAGUUUCUACUGGAGAAAGGCUACGAGAUUCACGGUAUUAUAAGGCGAUCGAGUUCGUUUAAUACUGCUCGGAUACAACAUUUAUACGCAGAUCCAAAAUGCCAUCGGCAGGGUAAAAUGAAAUUGCAUUACGGGGACAUGACGGAUUCGAGUAGUUUAGUCAAGGUUAUCAAUUUUGUACAGCCGACGGAGAUUUAUAACCUUGCCGCUCAAAGUCAUGUGAAGGUUAGUUUCGAAUUAAGUGAGUACACGGCUGAGGUGGAUGCGGUGGGUACCAUUAGGUUAUUAGAUGCGAUACGAACUUGUAGACUUGAAAAGUCGGUCAAGUAUUAUCAAGCCUCGACUUCUGAACUGUACGGCAAAGUAGCCGAAGUUCCACAGACGGAGAAAACUCCGUUUUAUCCUCGCUCUCCUUAUGCUUGUGCCAAAAUGUACAGCUUUUGGAUCGUGAUAAAUUAUAGAGAGGCGUACGGUAUGUACGCUUGCAAUGGGAUUCUUUUCAAUCACGAAAGUCCUCGAAGAGGGGAGAACUUUGUGACGAGGAAGAUCACAAGGUCGGUAGCUAAGAUUCACUUGGGGCUGCAAGACGUUCUUGAAUUAGGGAACUUGGACGCUAAAAGAGACUGGGGUCACGCCAAAGAUUACGUAAAGGCUAUGUGGAUGAUGCUUCAACAGUCUUCUCCGGACGACUUCGUCAUAGCCACUGGUAAGACGCGCAGUGUCAGAGAGUUUGUCGAAGCAGCUUUUCAGUACAUAGGACGACAAAUUAGCUGGGAAGGAGAAAGCGUCAAUGAAAUUGGGAAAGAUGCAACGACUGGACAACUUUUGGUGAAAGUAAAUCCAAAAUACUUUCGCCCAACAGAAGUGGAUUUAUUGCUGGGCGAUGCAUCGAAGGCAAAAGAAAAAUUUGGAUGGGAACCUACCAUUACGUUUGAGGCACUCGUCAAAGAUAUGAUGGAUGCAGAUCUGGAAUUGAUGAAAAAAAAUCCAAAUGCGUAGGGCUGUCAAAUUUCCUAUGGCUUUGAGAUAAUUAAUUUGGAUGAUUCAGUGAUUUAGAUUCAAUCGUUACAACGUAAUGGGAAAUAUUUUUGGAUACAAAGAUGGCAGCGUAUUACAACACCGAUGGAAACCUUUUUAUGUAGAAUUGACACUGCACCUUGUGCACGGUUGCAUUUAAUACGAUGACGAUUCCUUUCCCCAUAGGUUUAUGAUACGUUAAAUUAAGGACCAGUACUUUAGUGACAAAAAUAUUCCAAAAGUUCCACCGAAGCAAUAUCCAAUUACCUGAUAUAUCUUUUAGACAUCUCAUGGAGAUGUUAUUUUUUUUAUGCCAGAGUGCGCAUUUUUCUAUCGAUUCACCGAUCGUCGAUUACCAGCUCAUAAAUUAUUGUAAUGUAUUUUAGAAUGCAAGGGAUUUGUAUAUACAAUUAAUGUACGCGUAUGUGAUAUUCAAUGCAUGUACAGCACAAUUUCAUAGAUGUAUCCUGUGUUAAUUACCGAUUAAUUUGAAA